AUGCUAAGAUUACCCAAGAAAGGCUUAAUGAGAUUUGAUCAAGUUCAAGAUGAAGAAACUUACCUGGAAAACUUAACAAUACAAAGAAACGCUUCUGCUUUUUUUGAAAAAUAUGAUCGAAGUGAAGUACAAGAGUUGCUUACCACUGCACUUGUUAGCUGGUUGUCUACUAAGGAGGACGCUCGCUUUCAAGUAGACUUCCCAUGUGGAAUCAUGAGUCAUAUAAAUAAUGUAAACUUCUCUACCGCGAUUCUGCUGAUGCCAGUGGACCCUACUGCGCUCUUAGACUACAGAGUAGUCCAUCAGAUCAUAAGGGAGUUGUCUAUUGGAAUUUAUUGCUUAAAUCAAAUUCCUUCAAUCAGUUUAGAAGCUAAUUACGAUCAGAGUUCUUCUUGUCAGUUGCCUCCAGCUUAUUAUGAUACCAGAAUCGGACAAAUUCUGAUCUGUGUUGACUACAUGCUGAAAGCAUUGUGGCAUGGAAUAUACAUGCCCAAGGAAAAGCGAGCCAGAUUCUCUGAAUUGUGGCGUACCAUUCUGGACAUUGAUCCAGAUGGAAAACCUCAAACAAAUAAGGACAUUUUUGCAGAAUUUAGUACAGCAGGCUUGAUUGAUAUUACAAAGGAUCCAGAUUUUGAAGGAAUAUAUGAUGAUGAUAUGAAUGAAGAUCCAACAUAUGAACCCAAUAGCUCUGAAGAAACAGCUCUGUUCAUGAAAUAUGCUGAACAUAUUCUGUUAAAGUUGACAUUUAGUACCACGCAGGUUCAACAGUACAAAAACGUCUUUAUAUUUGAAACAGAUUAUUGGCUUACUAAUGCUAUAAAAUAUAAUCAGGAUUAUCUUGAUAUUUGUACCUACCAGAGACUGCAGCAAAGAUUAUAUCUUCAAAAAAAAAUUAUUCAAAAACAAUUAGAAAAGAAAGCAGAUAUCAGAAAAGGGAUAGGAUACCUAAAGUUAAUAUGCUUUCUGACUCCAUUUCUACUGACUUUAAAAAAGAAGAUGAAAGUUCCAUAUUUAAGUUCUCUGCUUCCACCAUUUUCAGAUGACAAGGUCAAAACAGAGCGAGAAUUGCCUCCAUUUAUGUAUGGAAAAGAUUUUAAAUGCCAGAAUUUCCACUACAGAGAGAAACAAUAUUUUCAUGUCCAUGGAGGAAUUGAAUUUGACAUCAGCACUCCCUCAAUUGAAGAAGCUUUGGAAGAGUUUCAGAAUAAUUUAGGAAAAAUACAGGAUUGUGCUGCUAAUACUUUUGCAGAAGACUCAGGAUACAAAGAACAUUACUCAAUACCAGUCAUAGAGUGUAAUGGAAAAAGCUACUAUGUGAUCUGUUUUGAACUUGAAGUGUUCUAUCAGCAACUAUAUAAGACACAGUGGUGGGGAGCCAUAAACGAAAUAGUGAACAUUCUGAGACCAAAAAGACUUCCAUUGACAGAUGCUCAAUUACAUGACCAAUUUAAGAAAAAAUUUGGUUUCAAAAAAGCUAUGAAAUGCAAGAGUAUCCCAUUUGGUAUGAAGUCUGCUGUGGAAAGGGGACUAUGUGCUGUGUUCCACACAUUUAGCCGUAAAACCUCAAGUUCCACGAUCAAUGUUUCAGAUGAAGGAGGUUAUGCUAUUUUCCAUCAUGCUGCUCUCCACAACAGAGUGGCUAUCAUAUGCCAACUGUGCAAUGCUAAUUUUAAUGUCAACCAGAGACGCUUUAUUAUGUUCAGCCAAGGUCCAACCCCCCUACACUUGGCUGCACAGGCCUGCUCACUGGAAGCAACCAUCUGUCUACUCUGUUUCAAAGCAGAUUACUUGCUCUCUGAAAAAAGAGGCUGGAUGCCGAUCCAUUUUGCUGCUUUCUAUGACAAUAUCUGCAUCAUCAUUGCUCUCUGUAGGAAGGAUCCCAGUUUGCUCGAAGCUGAGGCAACAGCUGAGAAUCAGUGUACCCCACUGUUACUUGCUGCCACUUCGGGAGCACUGGAUACCAUCCAGUACUUAUUUUUUCUUGGUGCUAACUGGAGAAAAACAGACAAUAAAGGAAAUAAUAUCAUUCAUUUGUCAGUGCUCACCUUUCACACAGAGGUCCUCAAGUAUAUAAUAAGGUUAAAUAAUCCUGAACUCCCAGUUUGGAAUACUUUAGUUGAAAUGCUGCAGUCUGAAAGCUAUAAACGAAGGAUGAUGGCCACCAUGUCCCUAGAAGUUAUUUGCUUAGCAAAUGAGCGAUACUGGGAAUUUAUUUUGGAUGCAGAUACCAUCCCUGCCUUAAUUAAUCUUUUAAAAUGCCCAAAAAUAAAAUUGCAGUGCAAAACAGUUGGGUUAUUGUGUAAUCUCUCAACUCAUGUAUCUAUAGUGCAUGCUCUGGUAGAGGCAGGAGCCAUUCCAGCUCUGAUCAACCUCCUGGUUUCUGAAGAACCUGAAUUGCACACUCGCUGUGCUGUCAUUCUUUAUGACAUUGCUCAACUUGGAAACAAGGAUAUUAUUGCCGAACAUAAUGGAAUGCAAGCGCUGAUAAAUCUCUUAAACACAAACAUAGAAAACGUGUUGGUGAAUGUAAUGAACUGUAUUCGGGUAUUAUGCAUAGGAAAUAAGAAUAAUCAAAAGGCAGUGAGAGAUCAUAAAGGCAUCAAAUAUCUUAUCGCAUUUCUGAGUUCUGAUUCAGAUGUAUUGAAGGCUAUCGCUUCAGCUACCAUUGCUGAGGUUGUGCGUGACAACACCGAGGUGCAGGAUGCCGUGGCAAUGGAAGGAGUGAUCCCUCCUCUGGUGGCUAUAUUUAAAGGGAAACAAAUUAGUGUCCAAGUGAAGGGUGCAUCAGCUGUUGAAGCACUGGCAAGUCACAACCCUGCUAUACAGAAAGAAUUUCUGGAAAAUUCAUUAACUAAAUACCUUUUAAAACUCCUAAAGGCAUUUAAAGUAGAUAUUAAGGAACAAGGAGCUGUGGCACUCUGGGCCUUGGCAGGACAAACAUUGAAACAACAAAAGUAUAUGGCAGAGAAGAUUGGCUACAACUUUAUAAUAAACAUGCUUUUGUCCUCAUCAGCUAAAAUGCAGUAUGUCGGAGGUGAAGCAGUCAUUGCUCUAAGUAAGGACAGCAGAAUGCAUCAAAACCAAAUCUGUGAAGGGAAUGGAAUUGCACCUUUGGUCCGUUUACUACGAAUUUCUAAGAUAGCUGAAGGCACACUUCUGAGUGUCAUCCGAGCAGUGGGAUCCAUUUGCAUUGGUGUCGCCCAUACAAGCAACCCCCUUAGUCAACAAUAUAUUGUAGAGGAAAAUGCCUUUCCAGUACUUCUUCAACUCCUCAGAAAUCACCCUUCUCCCAACAUUAAGGUUGAAGUGGCAUUUUCCUUGGCAUGCAUUGUCCUAAGGAAUGAUCUGCUACAGAAGGAAUUGCAAGACAUUGAAGGCUUUAAUUAUGAUGAUGUUCUUUACCUUCUUGACUCACCAGAUAAGGAUAUUCGCUUAAGAGCAGGCUAUGCAUUAACCCUUUUUGCUUUCAAUAACCGCUUUCAACAAUAUUUAAUAUUGGAAAGUGGAACAAUGACAAUAUCUAUUUUUGAACCUUUCCUUGGAUCAGCAAUUGAAACAGAAAAGGCAAUGGCAGCAUUUCAGAUUAUUAUAUUAGCUAAAGUCAUUAUAGAUGUGGACCACAUUGCUUUGUCUGCAAGAGGUGUUACUAUUUUAGUUGAUUGUCUAUACUCAGAUCAGAGCAGUACUGUAAGCUUGACAGGGAAUUUAAUAGCUAGCCUGGCUCAUUCUAGAGCUGGUAUUCCAGAAGCAUUUGCCACAUUAGGGGCAAUCCAACGGCUGUGCUACCAUUUAUACGCAAAAGAAGAAGAGGUUCGCACAGCUUGCUCCUGUGCUCUAGGCUACUUAAGUUACAAUGCAAAUGCUUUCCGAAUCCUACUGAAGGAAUGCAGGAAUAAGCCUAAUCAAUUCAUUCGGAUAAGCAGUAACAUCAGCAGAGAUGCAAGUAUUAACCCUGCAUUUUUAAAGGAGUUUCAGCUGCAGCAAAGAGUGGGACUUCCUUCCCUAAGUCUGGAAAAAAAUGGAGGACCAUCUAUAAUUCCUUUCUUUAAAAAAGGAAAAGAACACCGAAGAAAAUUAAUACCUAAAAUUCAACCAAAAGAUUCCUUGACUUUAUUACCUCCUGUAACAAAUUUCAUGGGACUCUUCAGAAAGACAAAAGAAGCUGCUGUUUCUCAUAAUAUUUUUUCUUUUUUGUCUUCAUCUUCGUCAGACAUUAUAAAAGUCUCAAGACCAAGAAUAGUGGUUUUGAGUCAACUUGGGAAACAUGUGCAAAAUGUCAACGUGGAGCCUCCAGAUGCCUUAUACAAACAUGUAGUUUGA